CCUACCAUUCUCACUGCUCAUGCGCAGCUCAGGGAGCGCGCAGUGCGGCGAUCACCGGUGCGCUGUAAGUGCCACCUCUCUGUGCUCAUCAGUGCCACGUGUCAGUGCCCAUCAGUGUCACGUGCCAGUGCCCAUCAGUGUCACGUGCCAGUGCCCAUCAGUGCAUACCAGUGCACAUCAAUGCCACAUAUCAGUGCCCAUCUGAGCUGCCUUUCACUGUCACCCAUCAGUGCCAGUCAGUGCCACCUAUCAAUGCCAAUCAGUGCCACCUAUAAGUCCUGCCAAUCAGUGCCACCUAUCAGUGCCAGUCAGUGUCACCUAUCAGUGCCAGUCAGUACCGCCUAUCAGUGCCAGUCAGUGCCGCCUAACAGUGCCAGUCAGUGCCGCCUAUCA